AUGCCCAAGCACGUAAGUUGUUGUGUGCCUUUGUGCACCAAUAAUUUCAGAAACUCCUUCGGAUUGACGUUUUAUCGAAUUCCAAAAGAUGAAAGUAUUCGCAGAGAAUAUGUCCGUUUACUAAGAAAUGAUAAUUUGAAGAUAGAGUCCGACAGUACACGCGUUUGCUCUGCGCAUUGGACUGGAGGUAGUAAGCUCAGCAGAACUCACCUUCCAUCGAUAUUUCCUCGGAGCAAGAAGGAAAAGGAGCGACGGAUUUUGUCCAGAACGGAAGCGACUGCAAAUACAGCAAGCAAGAAAAGAAAAGUGGACGUGGGAUCUUCUACCGAAAUUGACGAAGGGACUCUUAUUGAAAUUGAUCACGAGGAGUCCAUUCUGGCCUCUUUUUGCGAUGCAGCGACACAAACUGAAAUAACUGUAGAAAUGCUGGAUCGAAUGGAAGCCGAACUUAAAGAGAUGAGAGAGGAAAAGGAAAGGUUGGCAAGGGAGAGAGACGAGUUAUCGAGGGAGUUAAAGAGACUUAAGCAUGUAACGAAAAUCAGAAAUUUGACAUUGUAA